AGAGUAAUAGCACUGUAACAUAUCAUCUCCCUCUCCCUCUCACUUUCUCCUUCUCACUCGUCAGUGUCGAGUGCAGAACAAAAUGAAGAUUUCUUUUUUCUUUUUUUGAAAAAUUCUCAAUUUCUUUAUAAGAACGCGCAAAAUCGCAAAAUCAGAAAUACAACAAUUUUUCUCUUCCUCUCUGUUUUCAUCUCGAUAUCUUUUGAAAGGGACAGAGAUUGGUUGAUUUCUUCCAUGGCGACUCCUCGAAUGAUAAUUGUAUCGCAGGACGGGAAUGGUGACUACCUCACGGUUCAGGAGGCGAUAGACGCGGUGCCGCUAGGCAACACGUGUCGGACGGUGAUACGAGUGUCGCCGGGAAUAUAUCAACAGCCGGUAUAUGUGCCCAAGACCAAGAACUUCAUCACUCUUGUUGGUGUCAAUCCCCAUAUCACCGUCCUUACCUGGAAUAAUACCGCCACCAAGAUCGAUCACCACCAGUCCUCAAGGGUGAUCGGUACCGGAACUUUUGGCUGUGGGAGUGUUAUUGUGGAAGGAGAGGAGUUUAUUGCAGAGAAUAUCACAUUUGAGAACUCUUCCCCUGAGGGGUCAGGUCAAGCUGUGGCACUACGAGCAACAGCUGAUCGGUGCGCAUUCUAUAAUUGCAGGUUUCUCGGUUGGCAGGAUACUUUGUAUUUGCACCAUGGGAAACAGUAUUUGAAAGACUGUUAUAUUGAAGGAAGUGUGGACUUCAUUUUUGGUAAUAGCACUGCUCUCUUGGAGCAUUGUCAUAUCCACUGCAAGUCUGCAGGUUUUGUUACUGCACAAAGCCGGAAAUCUUCUCAGGAAUCAACUGGUUAUGUGUUCCUGAGAUGUGUGAUUACUGGUAAUGGAGGGAAUUCAUAUGCAUAUCUGGGACGCCCAUGGGGACCUUUUGGAAGGGUGGUUUACGCGUAUACAUAUAUGGAUGCAUGUAUCAAAUCUGUAGGCUGGCACAACUGGAGCAAACCUGAGAAUGAGAGAAGUGCUUGCUUUUACGAGUACAGGUGUUUUGGGCCAGGUAGUUGCUCAUCAGAACGGGUGCAAUGGUGUAGGGAACUGGUAGAUGAAGAAGCAGACCAGUUUCUGAUGCAUUGUUUCAUUGACCCAGAUCAAUCAAGACCUUGGCUUUGCCAGAAAAUGGCCGUGAAACUACCAUAUUCUGCAUAGAGAAGUGUGUCAAAAGUGUUUGCAGAUGCCGGAGAGUGAAAUCUCAUUCAUGCACCAUGUUAAAAGUGGUUUUCAGAUACUCGAUCAAUAGUCAAAUAAUGAAAUCUCGUUCGCUGGGAAUAAAGUUUUCAGAGCAUAGAUUAUUAGCUAGGCAUGUGGUUUGUGGGAACUUCAGCAGGAUGUUGUUUUUCUAUGGAGUUGGUAGUGGAGAGAGGAAUGAUAUCUGGUCUGAUGUUUCCACCUAGGUGUUGAGUUGGUUGUAUGGAACAUGUCUUAUUUAUGGUGAUCUGUGUUAGUUUUCCUUUUGUGUUAAAGAUGGCACUGCUACGCGGGAGCUAGUUGCCUGCAAACAGGUGAAGAAGUUGAACUGUUGUAAAAUUGGGUGUGUUUUAAUUACUUAAUCUCUAUCUAUCUAUAUAUAAAAUUAAGGGUAGAUACCUACUCCAGGAUCGGUUUAAUUA